GUUAGGCCAAGAAGGAGGUGCUACUCAUCCCAAAACUAAUUUGAGAGCAAAAUGGAUAAGAGUAAAAAAGAAAAGAGAAAUAAAAACUUGCUCCUUGUUGGUUAAAAACCAAAAAUAUUACGCUGUUUUCUCUUGUGAAAUUGAAGCCCAACCAAAAAUAGAAGUUAGUUCAAUACCAAAAGAAAGACAAAUAGGAAUUGAUGUUGGAAUAGGUAAAGAUAACUUUUUUGCUCUUUCUAAUAGAGAAAAACAAACCAAUCCUCAAUUCUAUCGAACGGCUGAAAAAGAAUUAGGAGAAUUACAAAGAAAAGUCAGUAAUAAAGAAAAAGGAAGUCAGCGGAGAGAAAAAGCAAAAUUAGAACUAAGUAAAAAACAUGAGAAAGUUAGCAGUCAGAGAAAAGAUUUUGUUUUCAAAGCAGUUAAGAAAUUAAGAGAUAAUUAUGAUUUGCUAGCC